UCAACUCUGGAUCUUAGCCGGGAUUCGGUGAGCUUCCGUAGCGGCGGCACGGGCGGCGGCGAUAGUGACAGGGACUGCUUCAUACCCGAAUUAGGAUGGCGAUGACGAUGUCGGACAGCGGGGCGAACCGCCUGCGGCGGCAGUUAGAAUCCGGAGGCUUUGAGGCGCGAUUGUACGUGAAGCAGCUCUCACAGCAGUCUGACGGGGACCGGGACCUGCAGGAACACCGGCAACGCAUCCAAGCGCUAGCGGAGGAGACCGCGCAGAAUCUGAAGCGCAACGUCUACCAAAACUAUCGGCAGUUUAUAGAGACGGCCCGCGAGAUCUCCUACUUGGAGAGCGAGAUGUAUCAGCUCAGCCAUUUGCUGACCGAGCAGAAGAGUAGCCUGGAGAGCAUCCCGCUUACGCUGUUGCCAGCUGCCGCCGCCGCCGUCGCCGCGGGGGCCGCCGCGGCCUCUGGAGGGGAGGAAGGAGGAGGUGGUGCUGGGGGUCGAGACCACCGUCGGAGCCAGGCCGGCUUUUUCCCGUCCCCGGGUGUCGCCUCCCGCGACAGUUCCGGUCCCGGCGAAGAAGGAAAGCAGCGUACUCUCACCACCUUGCUUGAGAAGGUGGAAGGCUGUAGGCACCUGCUGGAGACGCCGGGACAAUACUUGGUGUACAACGGAGACCUGGUGGAGUACGAGGCCGACCACAUGGCCCAGCUGCAGCGAGUGCACGGCUUUCUUAUGAAUGACUGCUUGCUGGUGGCCACCUGGCUGCCACAGCGGCGGGGGAUGUAUCGGUACAACGCCCUCUAUCCAUUAGAUGGUUUGGCAGUGGUCAAUGUCAAGGACAACCCACCCAUGAAGGACAUGUUCAAGCUGCUCAUGUUUCCUGAAAGCCGUAUCUUUCAGGCAGAAAAUGCUAAAAUCAAACGCGAAUGGCUGGAAGUUUUGGAGGAAACUAAAAGGGCCCUUAGUGAGAAACGAAGAAGGGAGCAGGAGGAGGCGGCGGCCCCUCGAGCGCCACCCCAGGUGACUGUUAAGACCAGUAAUCCAUUUGAGGAAGAAGAAGAUGAGCCGGCUGUUCCUGAGGUAGAAGAAGAGAAGGUGGACCUCUCCAUGGAAUGGAUCCAAGAGUUGCCUGAAGACCUGGAUGUGUGUAUUGCCCAGAGGGACUUUGAAGGGGCAGUCGACCUGCUGGAUAAGUUGAACCAUUAUCUGGAAGAUAAGCCCAGUCCACCCCCUGUGAAAGAACUAAGGGCUAAAGUGGAUGAGCGUGUCCGACAGCUCACAGAAGUUCUAGUUUUUGAGCUUUCCCCAGAUCGUUCUCUCAGAGGUGGUCCCAAGGCAACUCGAAGGGCAGUUUCUCAGCUCAUACGCCUUGGCCAGUGCACGAAGGCUUGUGAGCUAUUUUUGAGAAAUAGAGCAGCAGCCGUACACACUGCUAUCCGUCAGCUUCGAAUUGAAGGUGCCACUUUGCUCUACAUUCAUAAGUUGUGUCAUGUCUUCUUUACUAGCCUGCUUGAGACUGCACGGGAAUUUGAGACCGAUUUUGCAGGCACUGACAGUGGAUGCUACUCUGCCUUUGUGGUCUGGGCAAGAUCAGCCAUGGGCAUGUUUGUAGACGCAUUUAGCAAGCAAGUGUUUGAUAGUAAGGAAAGUCUCUCUACAGCUGCUGAAUGUGUAAAAGUGGCAAAAGAGCAUUGUCAGCAGUUGGGUGAUAUUGGACUAGACCUCACCUUCAUCAUCCACGCCCUUCUGGUGAAAGACAUCCAAGGGGCUUUGCACAGUUACAAAGAAAUCAUAAUUGAAGCCACUAAACAUCGUAAUUCUGAGGAAAUGUGGAGGAGGAUGAACUUGAUGACUCCAGAAGCCCUGGGUAAACUUAAAGAAGAGAUGAAGAGCUGUGGGGUGAGUAAUUUUGAGCAAUAUACAGGGGAUGACUGCUGGGUGAACCUAAGUUAUACAGUGGUUGCUUUCACCAAGCAGACUAUGGGCUUCUUGGAAGAGGCACUGAAGCUGUAUUUCCCAGAGUUACACAUGGUACUUCUGGAAAGUCUGGUAGAAAUCAUUUUGGUUGCUGUUCAACAUGUGGAUUAUAGUCUUCGGUGUGAACAGGAUCCAGAGAAGAAAGCUUUUAUUAGACAGAAUGCAUCCUUUCUCUAUGAAACAGUCCUCCCUGUGGUUGAGAAAAGGUUUGAAGAAGGUGUGGGGAAACCUGCAAAGCAACUCCAAGAUCUGAGGAAUGCAUCUAGACUUAUUCGUGUAAAUCCUGAGAGUACAAUGUCAGUGGUCUGAUGCUUGGACUGUGUGUGUGUGUGUGUGUGUGUGUGUGUGUGUGUGUGUGUUUAUAUUAAGUUGCAUUAGCAUAUUCUUUAUAGUUUCACACACAGUGUACUUAAAGUUACCCUCUCCGAAAUCCAAAAUGAAGAAAAAGCUUAUAUUGAGGCCAAACAAUUUUGAAACUUUUUUUUUAAGUUAUGCUGUCUGUAAUGAAUGUAUUGUCACACUAUAGCAUUUCAGCUUAUUGCAGAGUCCUAAUGUAGUUUUUCUCAGUAUAUAUUGUGUAAGAGAGCAGUAACUUUUAAUACAAGAUACAUUGUGGAAAGUGUCCCAAUUACUCAAAUGCUAGGUUUCUUAACACCAUAUAAAAUACCUUGUUUCAUUACAUUUCACCACUUUGAAAUGUAACAAUUUGCGAAAAGAAUGUAAAAAGUUGGUCUUAGAAUUUAAUUUAGUCAAAAACAUUCCUUUUGAAACAGCUAAUGUGUGAACUCCAAUACUUCCAUCCUUUUAAAAUAAGAAGGGAACCUCAGCAAUAGAACUGUGCAUAGGGUGUUUGCCUUGCACAUAGCUGACUGAGGUUCAAUCGCCGGCAUCCCGAAUGGUCCUAUGAGCACUACCAGAACAGAGUGCAGAACCAUAGUAACCCCUGAGCAUUGCCGGAUCUGACCCAAAAACUGUAAUUUUUUAAAAAAAAAAAUAAGCUUUCAUAAAAACAGUACUAUAAACUUAAUAGCUAGAAUAGCUUAUUACUUAAGCUGAGAGCAGCUAAUACUGGAUUUAGGAUUGUUUAAAUUUACCAUUUGGGACUGGUAAAUUUUUCAGGCUAUUCCUCAAUUGUGUGAAUUUCUAUCUGGAACUUUGUCAUAUUUUUUGUUGUUUUGGGGCUAUACCAACAAUGCUCAAGAGUUCCUCCUGGCUCUCCACUCAGGAAUAACUCCUCAUGGUGCUGGGCGACCAUAUAGGAUGUAGGGGAUCAAACCCAGGAAGGAAAGGGCCCUAUCCACUAUACUAUCUCUCCAGCCCCUGUCAUGUUUUAAUGAUUUUUUUUAAAUGGGACACGUAGGAUCUGGCAAAGCCAGUGAUUUUAGCUGUCCUCUUCCACUUUUGGUAUAAAUUAAAUAGUGGCUCAAUUCGGAAUGAGAGCCAAAUAGGAGAAAAGUAUGUAUUAAGAUUUCAGGGUAUGGGAGAAUGGGAAAUUAGAAAAAUCAUAUGCAACCCCCAUCCUAUUUUCAUUCUUGAUUCCUUUGAACAGGGAUUUAUUUGAGGGUUGGUUUUAAUUUAUUUGAGGGUUGGGGUGGGUGGUGGGAGGUUGUAACAAAGUAGAGAACAGAAAAUUGAAAUAUGUCCCUAACACAGAACAUGAUCCUUUGACAACUGCUAAAAUGCUCUGCAUUGUUAUUGUUUUAGACUUUAUUUUUCUUGUUUUGUUUUUUUAGAAGUGCAUAAAGCACUUACUAUUUAGUAAAAUUAAAGAAAUGUGGGCUUCCCAAGAGUUUUAAAACUGUUGCUUCUAUUUGUAUUGAUUAUAUACUUUGAAGGAAAUUGUGUUCACCAAGGUCUAUUUUCCCCUUAUUAUUUCUAGUUGUGAUUUUUGUUCAGAAGUGCCAUUUCUGAUCCUCAUGGCUUCAAGAUUGCUUCUUUUAUCUGAAAAAAAAUAGUGGUAUUAAGACUGAGAAAAUGAUGUAAAACAUAAAAUAACUUCUUAGUGGCUUAGGGUUUGUAAAGCUACUUGAUUAACAUAUGUCCUGGUGAACCCUUUUGUUUUUAUUUACAUGUAGUUAAAAGGUUAAAAUUAUCAAAGCUACAGAUUGACUAUUUUUUUUUUUUUCACAAACUUUGGUUUUCUGUGUAACAACCUCAACCUCAAAUUGAUGGUACAAAAGCAGUUAAGAGUUUUGUCUUUAAGAUCACUGGAAACUUGAAUUUGAUAAAAAAAAAAUUUUUUUUUGCUACUUUUUUGCCGAUUAGUGUUUUAAAGUAUGUUGUAUUAAAUGUAUUUGUAUUUGUAUUUGUAAAUACAUAAUUCUGGGUUCUUGAAAUCAAAACAAGACAUGAAGUGUAUACUCAUAUUUAAAGUGUAUACUCAUAUUUAAAUGUUUGCUGUUUCAUAAUAUCUUUUUAAUACUGGAACUGUAGACAUUUUUUCUCUUAAAUUUUGUGUGUUCCUUAAUCAGAUUAUAGCUGAAUACACUUUUGGUGAAUCAGUCUGUGAGGAAGUCAAUUUAAAAAUCACCAAUAUUAUUAAUGUAUUUUAAUGCCAAGAUGGCAAUUAUCACUACCUUCCUCAAAAAAGAUUCAGUUUUUUCCCUCUAAUUCUUGUUUCAUUAAACUCCAAGUUCUAAAACUUGAAUGCUAUUAGAAAUUGUCCAGAAAUAUAUUGCAUAUUUAAUGUACCACUUAGGAGUUAAUUGCCUUUUCUUACUUGCUGCAAACAACACUAUUGUUUGAGCUUGAAAUCACAGACUUGAUUUAAUUGCUGAUGAAAAACUACACCCUGUGGAAUUAAGUCUUUUUUGAUUAAAGCCUCAUUUCACUUAUGUGCUGAAUACUCACUUAUUUUUUUAUUUAAAAUACUACCUAUAGUUAUCAGCACUUAUAUUUUGCAACUCAUAUGCCUAUGACAGAAUUUUGGACUUGACGUAUAGUAUAAAAAAUAGUAUAUGUAUAUUGCUUAUUGAUAUGCUGUGACAUGAGAGUCUGAAAUGUUUUGUCAAAAUAAAGCUUAAAAUUUUUUACACUGGAUAAAACUGA